AUGGUUUUGGCGAAAGAGAGUUUUCCUUCAUCAAUACCACCGAGUGAUUACCGUGACCGAGAAUCUCCCGAAUCCGAGACGUCGCAGGAAUAUGAAAAUGACCUUCCAUUGCGAGGGCAAAACUCUUGGUCCAUUGACCCGGAAUUAUGUGCAGAAGCGAGGUCUCGAGAAGUGGAAAAUGCCGCAGUGGAUUUUCUGAUCUUAUACAAGGAAAAGGAUCCCAUGUACCUUCCGAGUUCUUGGGUUGUAUCCAACGAAGCCCGAUCUCCUUUCGUGCCUUCCUGGCAAUUUCCGCCCAUGUCUUUGGACAUGACAGAGGAAUAA